AUGGUUAGUGGAAGUUUGUUCCUUCGUAGAAAGAACUCAUGGCCAACGGAGGAGUAUAUCAGCCGGGCUACCUUACAGUUGUUCGAUUUUGAUAGUGCUGCCCCGCCAGAACAUGCCUGGAGAAGAAGAUUAAAUAGCCAUGCCAGUAUUCUUAAAGAAUUCAGUGUCACUUUUGUGGAAGCAAUAAAAAUGGUUCGACUAGGCAUCCGUUUGUGGUCUUAUAUAAGGAAAGAGGCUGCCCAUGGGAGGAAAGCACCUAUUGAUCCUUUCACUCGAGAAAAUUGCAAACCAUCAGCAUCCCACGGGGUUCCACUUGGAGGGAUGGGGAGUGGAAGCAUAUCUAGAGGUUUUAGAGGUGAAUUCAGGCAUUUUCAAAUUCUUCCCGGGGCAUGUGAGGCUUCUCCUAUCAUGGCCAAUCAGUUCUCUGUAAAGUUCUGCCUUUGA